GUCUGCCAAAGUAAACGAAGAGGCGACCGAGAUGACAAAAUUUGAUUUUCUUUUAGGUGUAAUGCUUGGAAGUAGGAUACUUAGGUUAGUUGACAACCUAAGCUGUACAUUGCAAAAGAAAGAACUGUCGGCUGCAGAGAGCCAGGUUGCAGCAAAUGUAACAAUCAAAGUGAUAUCUGCAUUGAGGACUGAUGAAGAGUUUGAUAUAUUCCCGCAAAACGUAGUGAAGAAGUCUGAAACUGUGAAUGUAAGCGAGCCUAGGAUGCCACGGAAGAGGAAAGCUCCAAACCGGUAUGAGGCUGGUAUUGGCGAAGGCAGCCAUCCCAAAUCUCCGAAAGAUCUAUACCAGAUUACCUAUUAUGCAACAAGUGACAGAAUUCUGUCUUCUAUUAGAGAUCGCUUCGAUCAACCCGGUUAUAAGAUCUAUGCACACCUUCAGAAUUUGCUAAUCAAGGCCGCAUCCGCAGACGACUACAGUAAGACAUGGAAGUUGUUGUGAGAUUGUACGAGAGAGACGUCUCGAACCUGCACGCCUCAAGAGCCAGCUGGAAAUUCUUACUGCUGAGUUUCAAUCUCAGCAAGUUUCUGAAGAGGGAACAGUCAAUAAGCUUCCAGUGACUUUUAGUCAAGUGAAGGACUAUCUAAUUAGUCUGGGACAUGAGAGAGAACUCUUGAGUGAGGUUGUGACAAUAUUAGGCCUGAUUCUAGUUAUGCCAGCGACUAACGCCACAAGUGAACGGUCAUUUUCCGCUUGUCGAAGGAUGAAAACGUACUUGCGUGCAACUAUGAACCAGAGCCGAUUAAAUCAUCUAGUGAUACUAACUGUUCAUAAAGAACUGACAGACAUGUUAGAUCUAUCUGCAUGCGCAAAGGAAUUUGUUUGUGGAAACGAACACAGACUUUCUGUGUUUGGUAGAUUUCUUUAGUGCAAUUAAGAUUAUUGUU